ACGCAAUCUCAUUCUUAGUGUUUUUUGCUAUAAAAAGACAAGUCAGUUCCAUCACCAUUCAUCAGUUCUUCUGCAGAACAUCUCAGUAACACACCUUUGAUUCAACAUGAAUAAGUUCAUUGCUCUAGCUACAGUGUUCGCUGCAAUUAUCGCCGCAGAACUCCCUGUUAACGCCAAGCCUUCCUACGCCAAGCCAUCGUACCCAUCUCCAGGUGCUUAUCCUACACCGUCUCCUGCCUAUCAGAAACCAGGCAAUGAACGACCAGCCUACGGCAAACCUGCCGAAGCAAGCCACCCUCUGAUGCCGUUCAGCUUCGCCUACGAAGUUAAGGACGAUCCUACUUCCCAGGAUUUUGCGCACAAAGAGAACAGCGAUGGUAAAGUCAUCAGCGGAUCUUACCGUGUUGUUCUCCCCGACAGCCGGAUUCAAAUCGUUACGUACAAGGCGGACGAGAACGGAUACACCGCUGAUGUGAAAUACGAGGGAGAGGCCAAGUACGACGAGUACAAGCCCUCCGCAGCUCCGGCUUACACCAAACCGAAUUACUCCGCCGAGCCGGCUUAUCCCAAGCCCAUCAAAUCAGAUCCUUCUUCUUUCGCUAAGGCCGCUCAUCCCAAGCCAGCUUAUCCCAAGCCUGUUAGCCCAAAGCCUUAUAAUUAGAAGCAUCUGACUGAACUAUAUGUGUUACGUUCCCUACCAUCUCUUUCAUCGAAACGGACUGCGUCUAUUUAUUUGAAUAACCUAUGACAAUACACUUUCCU